AUGAGUUAAAUUGAAUUUGUUCUUCCGAAUGGAAACAUUCGUACAUAUGAAAUUAAAAAUUAAGAUCAAGAUUAGGUUUAUUACAGAAACAUAUCCAAAGGUAAAACUAAUUAACAUACUUCUUUAGAUUUAAAAUUAGAUUGCCCUGAAGAAUUUGUAGGAGUAUAUGAUUUGACUGAAAAAAAUUUAGUAAGCAAAUUUUAUCAUAAGUAAUCAAUUAAUUUAAAACUUUAGAUUGCUCCCAGAAAGACAAUAUAAAUUAUUUUAUAUGAAUUAAGCAAUUAAUACAAUUAAUGGUUUUGAGUAGAAAUUCUUAAAAUCAAAUGAAGAAAAUAAAAAAUUAUAAGUGGAGAUAGGUGAAAUUAAAAAAAGAUAAGAGGCAGAAAUUUAAGAAAUUACAAUUAGAUAAGAAGCAAAAAUAAAAGAAAUUUAAGCGAUGAAUCAUUCAAAUAGGGAAGUUUAGGAAAAAUUAAAAGAAGCUGAAAAAGAAUUAAAAGAAGCUGAAAAAGAAUUAAAAGUAAGGCAAGAUAAGAUAAAAGAUUUGUUAGAGGAUAAGAAGAAAUUAUAAUAUGAUUUAUAAUAAAAUAAUUCUUUGCAAGAAGUGUAGAAAAAAGAUAUGGAUAAAUAAUUGUAAGAAAAAAAGGAUGAAAUUAAAAAUCUAACGGAAUAGUGUUAAAGAUAAGCUUAAGAUAUAGAAAAUCAUUUAAGGGCAUUUAAUUGGGAAAGAUAAAGUAAACAAUAAGUUAUAGAAUAAUUUAACAAAUAUUAAUAAGAUGCUCAGAUAUAUAUUUAAAAAUGGCAAUAAUAUGGAGCUUAGUUAGAAUAUGAAAAAAAGUAAAUUGAAUCUGACAAGAUAGAAUCUGAACAGAAUUACAAUAGAUUAAAAAGGAAAUAUGAUUAAUUAGAAAACGAUCUUAGAUAAUAAAAAGAUUCAUAUACUUAAUUAGAUAACGAAAAAUAGAAUUUGGAAACGUCAGUCUCAAAUUUAAAAAGAGAAAUAAAGAAUUAAUAAUUUAAACAAAACCAAGAACUUAAUGAAAAGAAAAUAUAAUAUGACUUAAUAUGCAAUGAAAUUAGUGAAUUAAAAGGUGAAAAGGAAAAAAUUAACUCAAAGCUAAUUAGUUAAACAAAUAGAGUUAGAUAGCUUCAGGAAGAAUUAAAUUAGCAUUAAGAUGUUCAUUAAAAUGUAGGGUAACAAUAAGCUGAACAGUUUUAAACAUUAUAAAGAAAAUUAACUUCAGCAUUAGCAGAAAAAGAAGAAUUAUAAGAAUAAAAAGAAAACUUUCAGCAAAAAAUCACAGAAUUAUAAAACAAUCUAAAUAAAUAAAAAACCGAAAAUAGCAAUUUAAUAAAUUAAUUGAAUACUUUAGAACAUAAACUAAGAUCAGUUUAAGAAGAAUUAAAUUAAGAUUUAAAUAAUAAACUAAAAUAAAUAGAUUAAUACAAAUUUUAAAUUGAAAAUUUAUCAAAAACAAAAAAUUGUGAGAUGGAAGAGUAUUACUAGAAAUAAUAAGAUGAUUAAAAAAGAUGGUAAUCUAAAGAAUAGAAUUUAGAAAAUGAGAUUCUAAGACUAAAAGGAGAACUAGAAAAAUCUAUAAAAGAGAAACAUACUUUAUAAUAAAAGGCUGAAGAAGAAAGAAAAGCAUUAUAACAUUAAAUUAAUGAAAGUGAUAGUAAGAUGGUAGAAAAGGAAAAAGAGCUAGUUGCAAUAUAAAAUGCAGCUAUUGUGCCUGUUUAUUAAUUUAGAAUCUAAAGAUUAGUAGAAUAAGUGCCAAGAGAAUAUAACAAAGAGAUUGAAUUUGCGAUUGAGUAAAUGAUGUUAGAUAAAGUGAAUCUAGGAUAAUUUUUAAAAGAUAAAUAAGCAUAAUGCAAAGAAUAAGAUUUUAAAUUAUUUUAAGCUAAAUUAAAUAGAAGAGCAGAGAAUACAUUAUAUAAUAUCAGUGAUUAAGAUUAUAGAAGAAUUGUUGACUUAAGUGAUAUUGGAGAUAUUAGUGGUGUUUACUGUCAAGUACCAGUUUAAUCAAGUGAAUAAGCUUUAGAUAAAUAUUUCUUAUUUAAAUGCACUAAAUGUCCUAAUAAAAAACAGUUAGAAGGUAAAAUAUUUGGUAUAAAACAAUGCAAAAAAUAAGAUGCUGAAGAAUUAGAGACAAAAGAAACAGCUAUUGAUAACAGUUUGGCUACUCUUAUCACUUAAGAUUUUAUGAAUAAAUUUAUAAAAGAAUUAAGGGAUUAAAAAGCUUAAAAUAUUCUAGAAUUUAAAUUUAGAGAUUAAUAUAUUUUAGAAACAAAAAAACAUUUUAAACAAUAUUUAUAAGAAAUAAUACAAAAUUAAUAAAUUAUGAAUGAAGGUAUUAAAAACUUUGUAACAUUUAUUUAAGCAUUGAAUGAUGAUUAAUCUAAUGAAUUUUAUGAUUAUAUUAAAGAAUAUUAAAUUGAUAAAGCUCAACCCAAAGAUGGAAAUAUUAUAUAAGCAUAUUUGAAGAUUCAAAAAGAUAAUAGACUUGAAUAAAUAUAUAAAAAUUUUAAUCCAGACAAUAUUAAAAAACAAUUAAACCAUUUUGUUGAUUAUAUAGGAGGAAAUAUGAAAGAAAUGCCAUUAUAACUUGUAUUUUAUAUUAAGUAUAAUUUAGUUUUAUACCAUCUAAGAAAUUGAAAUGAAACCAGAUUUCAAAAAAUUCAAUGGAGGACAUUUGAGAUUUGAGACUUGCUAGUAAGGUAAGUUUCUUUCUGCAUUCACUUAUUAUUCAAUAAUAAGAAGUUAAAGAUAAUUGUGUAUAUCCCAUUUGUAAGGGGUGGAUAAUUUAUUAUAUGAUCCAUUGGUUUCUACUUAUGAUGGAUUUUUGGAUAAAUUAGACUAAGGAUAUAAUGAAAUAAGAACUAUGGAAUCAAAGUUUUUAUCAGAAACAAACCUAAAUAAAGGAAUAGAAUAUAUGAAAGCGCUUGGUAUCAAAUGGAGUUGA